GUUUAUUUAUUUUUGUGAAUGACAUGUAGAAAAUUAAAUUUAUAAAAUUUUAAUCCCUGUAUCAUAUUCUCAUUUGACUAAUUUUAGGUUUAAUUCAUUUUCCAUUUUGUAUUAUAGAAUCCUUUAAAUUUUAAACCUCCUGUACAUUACACUUUUGAAUAAAAACCGUUUUAAACAUGAAAGCAAUUUAUUAUGAAAGAAACUGGCGUUUGUGAGGUUUGCGGAACCAGGUUUGGGUUUAUUUACUGGAGAAGGUUCUGCGCCAAAUGCAAACGGACUUGUUGCAAGGACUGCCUCAAUUCGGUGGUAAAAGGCAGUGUAUCUGAUUCGCCUGAUUUUGAUAGGCUUAAAUUAUGCUCAGAUUGUAUUGUUGCCGAGUCUACUACCCAGUCGAUUUCAAUCCACGAGGACCUUGAGAUGACAGGGCAAAUCAACUCUUCCUUGAAACUUGAAUUGAAACAGAAAAUAAUGGCUUUGGAGAAGUUUAGGUGCUUUUUGCUUCAAAUCGCAUCAACUUUCGGACCUAAUUCAGAUUUACUCCCCAAUUCUGAUUUAUGUAACACCAGUACACUGCAUACCACAGAUUCACCUACUAGUUCAGAUUUACACACAAUUAGCGACAGAAUACAACAUUCUGAUUUAAAUACACCUUUUGAUACUAUAAACAACACAGAUUUGAGUUCGAACAAUUAUUUUUCAAUUAACUCAGGUCGACAUACAACAAGUGACACCUUUGUCAGUUGCGAUAGGCUUAGUACCAUUCCUAGUAUAGAAAACGGGUUAGAUAAUGAUUACUAUGACAUUGGCGAGCUCGUAAAUAAAUGCCAGGACGAAUUUGAAGGCAUGCGAGAGAAGAUCAGAGCCAUGAGGAGGAGAUAUGAGAGUUCAAUAAUAAAUGAGGAGAUAAUGAAGAUUGAAAUGGACCGCGUAAGCAAGGAACUUGAGCUGGUUUCAAGCGAGCGUGAUUCUCUCCGUUCUUCCGUUUCUCGGUUGAAGGUUCUCACCUGUGAUAUGGAAGACUUGAAACAACAAUAUGAAGACGUUUUGAACGAGCGUGAAAUGCUUUUGGCCAGGUGUAAAAAGCUUGAACUUCUCCUUCACACCCCUAACAUCACCCUCAGUAACAUUUCAAGAAGCCUUGAAAGUCCCAUUGUUAGACGUGACGUUAACAGGAAUCGAUUCUGGUUAUCCUCCCCUUUCUGUCCUCGCUUCUACUCUAACCCUUAAUUUUUUAAUAAAUAUUUUUA